AUGGGAUUCAAUGAAGCAAAAUCGGCAUUUGUGCCAGAAGAUGCCACCAAGUUCGAAUCGUUUGAACCGGCGAUCCAAGCCUACAAUCAAGAUGUAGUCAACCAAAUGGAAAAAUUCGACCCGGAGUUUUACGCUAAAUGCGUAGCUGAAAUCCCAACAGCCGAAAUCCUGGACUCCCAGCCCAUCAAUGCAAUUAGCUUCUUGUCCCUUUUGUCUCCGCAAGAACAAACCAUCGUUGCAGAGUUCACCAUCGAAGAUCUCACCCAAAAACAGCUUUCUGGUGAGCUCACGGCCGUUGCCAUCGCUAAGGCCUUCAUCAAAGCUUCGAUCGUCGCCCAGCUGACUACCAACUGUGUGAUGCAGUUCAUGAUCCCAGAAGCCCUCCAACGCGCCCAGGAACUUGACGAUUACUUGCAGGCAAACCACAAGCUUGUCGGGCCAUUCCACGGUGUGGUUGUGUCCCUCAAGGAACACAUGAACGUCAAGGACAAAAUCACUUGUGCAUCUUAUGUUGCGUAUCUCACUAACAUCCCAACGAAUGAAGCCGUCUCCAUCACAAUCUUGUACAAAAUGGGUGCCGUUUUCCACGCACGUACCGCUCAACCGCAGGGAAUUAUGCAUCUGGACACUUGGAACAAUAUCUCAGGAAGAACCAGAAAUCCACGGUCCACCCGUUUGUCUCCAGGCGGUUCUUCCGGUGGUGAAUCUGCCAUGGUUGCCAUGCGUGGUUCUGUUAUCGGUGUUGGUAGCGAUAUCGGUGGUAGCAUUCGUGCACCAGCUGCUUUCACUGACAUUUUUGGUAUCAGACCAACCACCAGACGUAUCUCGUUGAUGAACGGGCUCUCCUCUGGUAAAGGUCAGGAAUCGAUUGUCGCGGUCCAGGGACCUCUUGCAAGAUCUAUUGACGAACUAGAUACCUACAUGCGUGUUUACAUCAACGAGGGAAAACCAUGGUUGUACGAUCCGCUUUGUGUACCUCUUCAAUGGCGUGAACCAAAGCUUCCUAAAAAGAUCAGAAUCGGAGUCUUGUACGACGAUAACUUGGUCACUCCGUUCCCUGCCAUUACCAGGGGUAUGAAAUCCACCGUGGCCAAGCUUUCAGAGACUGCAGAGUUUGAGUUUGUCAAUUUGAACCCUAAAUGGUUCUCAGAAAAGGAGAUGGUGGAUAUUUAUACCACCAAUCUUCGUCUUUACACCUGUGACGGCAACAAAGUGCAGCUGGAAAUGUGGGGUCCUAGCGGUGAACCACUAUUGCCACUCACCAAGCAUUAUAUGAAGUUUGGCGGUGGUAAAGAAUUGUCUAUCUAUGACAACAAAAUGCUGAAUGCUCAAAGAGACGCGCUGAAGGUAGAAAUGCUUCAGAAAUACUUCUCGGACGUGGACUUCAUUCUAUCUCCCACAUAUAACGGGCCUGCAGAAAUGCCUGCGGAGUCGCUCUACUGGGGUUACACGUCAUUCUGGAAUCUGCUGGACUAUCCAAAUGUCGUAUUCCCAGUGAACGUUGCCCACGACGUCAAGAAAGAUGCCCAGAUCCCAGAAUUGAAGCAAAACAUGUACGAGAAAAUGGUUUGGUACAAGGAAAAUGGCGAUAUCAGAUACGAUCCAGAGAGCUAUAUCGGCGGGCCCGUGGCUCUCCAACUCACUGGUAAUCGGUUUUGCGAUGAAGAUGUUGUGGCUUUGACCAAGAAAUUUGUCACCACUCUAGGCAUCGAGAGACGUUAA